AUGGCAGAAUGCCAAGAUGGAUACAACUACACUGGGGAGAGAUAUACAUCAUUCGUGGCAGAGUGGGAUCUCGUGUGUGAGAGAGACACACUGGGCAAACUCUCGCAAACUCUCGUCAUGGUGGGCAUGUUUCUCGGAGCCUUUUUCCUGCCAGCACUCGCCGAUUGCUUUGGCAGAAAACGACUUCACGUCGGCGCCAACUUUCUAUCUCUAAUCGUCGUCGUGGCAAUGGCGUUCGUUCCCAAUUUUAUUGGAUUUUCCGUCUUGAGAGUCUUUAUAGGAGUUUUUAAUCAGGGAUAUGUAAUACCUAUGUUCAUCAUGAUGAUCGAACUGUUUCCACCACAACAGAGAGAGCUUAUAGGAUUCUCGAGUUCUUUUCUGUGGGGGAUAUCUGUGGUCCUCAUCACCCCCAUCGCCUACUUCAUCAUGCUAGACGAAUCUCUUCUGUGGGUAGUUAAGAACAAGAGGACGAAGGAUGCUAUUAAAAUAGUUAAGAAAGCUUGCAAGAUGAACCACAAAGAUUUUGACAGUGUACGACAGACAAUAAAAGACAAAUCUGACGCCAUGAAUGUAUAUAACGAAACUGAACAACUGGAAAGGGCAACAUUGCUCAAUGAACCGGAAGUCACUUACGAGAUGGACAGACCGAGACUAUUCCAGGUUUGUAAACAUGGCCAAGAAGACGAGAGAACGUCUCCUGGUGCGACUAUGAAAGUUUCUUUCUGA